UGUCAGGCAGAUCUGCGGGGGAAGUUGCGCAAAAAAAAAAAAAAAAUAGAAAAAACGAGGAAGGAAUUUAACUCUUGUUUUCUGCUUCUCGAUUUUCUCUUAAAGCUCGACUGAAACACGCUUCUGCUCUUUUUUUUAUAACCCAGAAACCAGGUAUUUCACGCGAGUUGAACAAAUCCAACUCAAGUCCAUAACAGGUGAGUGGUGACUGGGUCAUGGCAGGAAGAGGCGGUGCUACAAGACCUAACGGGCCGAACGCAGCCAACAACAAAAUCUGUCAGUUCAAACUGGUGCUGCUGGGCGAGUCCGCGGUCGGCAAGUCCAGCCUGGUGCUGCGCUUUGUCAAAGGCCAGUUCCAUGAGUUUCAGGAGAGCACGAUAGGAGCGGCCUUCCUGACUCAGACGGUAUGUUUGGAUGACACGACGGUGAAGUUUGAGAUCUGGGACACAGCCGGUCAGGAGCGCUAUCACAGUUUGGCUCCGAUGUAUUACAGAGGAGCUCAGGCAGCCAUAGUGGUGUAUGACAUCACAAACGAAGAAUCAUUUGCACGUGCAAAGAAUUGGGUUAAAGAGCUCCAGAGGCAAGCCAGUCCUAAUAUUGUAAUAGCUCUGGCUGGAAACAAAGCAGAUCUUGCCAACAAGAGAGCACUGGACUUCCAGGAUGCACAGUCUUAUGCAGACGACAACAGUUUGCUUUUCAUGGAAACGUCAGCAAAGACGUCGAUGAACGUAAACGAGAUUUUUAUGGCUAUCGCAAAGAAGCUCCCCAAGAACGAGCAACAGGCAGCCGGAACGAACACAUUCCGAAAUCGAGGAGUGGACCUGGCAGAGACAGCACAGCCUGCCAAAGGGCCGUGCUGCAGCAACUAACCACCAAACGCACACAUUCUCACCUCCCAACUAACUCUGCAUCACUUCUGACUUCUGGAAAUGGGGCGCAUCCUUCCAUACCUCGCUCCCUGGAACUGCUAAAGACUCUGUAUAGCUCUGUUUCUAAUACCUUUUUUUUUUUUUUUUGGGUUUGUUUUUUUUUUUUUCUUUUCUUCAUUUUUUUAAGCAAAUAUAAGUACUUCAGUAUAAUGGAUGCAUGUAUCACUACAAAGCCUAAAUACACAUUUUUAACUUAACACGGGAAAAGUUAACUAGGUUGAAUGAGAGCGGAAGAAAGAGAGCUUGGUUGUGUGUGCGUGUGUGUGAGAGAGUGUGGGUGGGUGUAUGUGUUGUAUAGUGUAGUAUUAAGGAUGUGGAGGCACAGUAAUGCGUCCCGAACGGGUUCGGUGGCUGUCGGAUGCUCGUAUAUGCAGCCAAGUCAAGCUGUACAUGCAGCUUUCAUUGCGUUUGAGUGCCAUAAAAACGAAGUCGUCAAUCAGCUAUGGAGGUCUGACCAAGAACAACCUGAUCCUAAACAAAAGAUGCUACCUAAACGAUCGCCAUUAUAUAAGUACAUUUUCUAGAGAGAAGCUUUUUUUUUUUUUUUUUUUUUUUUUGCGCCUGCAUGUUUUGACUGUUAAGCUGGUAAAAUUAUUCUCAUGUUAAAAAAAAAAGUCACUCAUUAACUAGGACAGCAUCCAGGAGUUUAGGAAUCACCCCCCCCCCCCCCCAAGACUCUAGCCGACUUUCAGCUGAAUUUCAUCUGAUACGAUAUCAGUCCCGUAAAAGAAUCCGACUGAUACAAAACGAGGGCAAAUGUAAACCUCUGCAUAUCCAAGCUCUUUGUCGUGUAGCUGUCGGAGAACGAUCACCCGUCUACCUACGCAUUCCUCCUCGAAUCUAAGAAUACUCUCUGUCCUUGUCUUUUCCUGGAGGUUAUUAAAGUAUUGCUGGCUGAUGGCCUCAGUGAAUCGGUUUCUGUCCUGGAUGGACAUCUCAGUCUUAUCCUCAGACCUGAUUUGACCAAUGGCUGUGUCUUCUGAGGGAAAAGAAUUAACCAAGGUUGGCUAUUGCAUUUCUGUCCCGCUGUAUGGACUUACUGUCGACCGAGUUAACUGUCGGUGUUACAUACGUUAACACUAAAGAGCAGUAGAUAAAAGACUCCAUUCUCUCCAAGCUCCAGUCGCUCUCAUAAACGUCACCAAUAAUUCUACAUAGUGCAUGGCUGAUGCAUUAUUGUGAUGCAGUGUAGUACAGCUGCGGAAACUAAAGCUUCGAAAAGACUCUGAUUCAUCUUUGGAAUAUAUUCCGAUCAUCGAAGGCAUUAAUGCCCAGUAGUAGAAAAAUUUCAGGGUAUCAAGGUAGAAACCCAAUAUAUCUGCUAUCUCCGUCUUAAAUACUACUAUAUGAACUGUUUGCCAUGAUGGACAGUAUGUAUGCACUCUUUUUUUUUUUUUUUUUGUACAGUUCCCUUUAAAUAAGAUAUUUCACAAAUUGGCCAAAUAAUGUUUCGAUGGUUGUCAUUUUUUCGCCUUGUAUGUAGUGUUAUUAACAAAUCAACUUGACAUUUAACCCAAUGGUGUGUCUAGUGCUUCUUUAGAGAUGCUAAAUGUUUUAUUUGUUUUUGUUUUUUUCCUAUCGAGAUACUAUCAAGUUGCACAAAAUAUGAGUCGUAUUUUUUAAAUAAGUCAUUAUGAGAUGAUGCCUGCCUGGUGUCUUUGCAGUGAAAUGGACCACAAUGGGCUUGAUUAGCAAUACUGCUAAAUCGCGGCAGGCAGCUGAGGUAAAUAAUUAGCAGCCGUCUGAGAGCCGAAAAAAGAUUGAGUGAUGUAACAGCAUUAACACUGAGGGACUGAUUGCUUUUUAAUGUCCAGGUACUAGUUAAUGUUUCCAAUAAAGGGGGUGAAUUGUA